UUAAGGAAAUCCACUCUUUACUUUUUUUCUUUUUCAAACUAUGAACCAAUAUGGAUUUUCAUUGAUUAAUGAACCUGAAUUUGAUGGGGAUUUUCCUGAAACUUAAGUUAUUUUGACUGAAUUGCAGUCAACAUUGUUGCAUCCCUGCUUUGCAGGACAUUGGUAAAGUAUCUUUUCACUUUGUGAGAGGAAGGAAUCCGAAGAAAUUUGCUUCAGCUCUUGUAAAUUUCAUGGGCAAGUGCUAUCCAGGAGAGGAUGAUUUGGCUAUUGUACGGGCUAUUUUGAUGUACUUGUCUCUGGGAAACCUAAGAGAUGCUAACAAGCUCAUGGAUGAAGUGAAAAUGGAAGUGGAAUUGAAGAAUCUUAACUUUCCUAGCUCAGAAUUAACCCAGUUUGUGAACUAUCUCCUCCUGACGUUGCAGAGGGAUGCUUUACCUCUGUUUAAUAUGUUGAGACAAACCUACAAGUCUAGUAUAGAUAGAGAAUCUACAUUUAAUGAGUUGCUAGAUGAAAUUGCAGAGAAGUUCUAUGGUGUUCGACGUAGAAAUCCUCUCGAGGGGAUUGGAGAUUUCUUCAAGAUGAUGGGAGGCGAAUAGGAUGCGAAACAAAUCUCUUCAAUGUGAUGUGAGCUCCAUCUAAAUUGUGCAUUCUGCUCCUUUGCGUUCAGAAGGAAGACUCAACCUCCAUUAUGCGUUCUUCUGGUUGGCUUAGUAAUGGAGCAAAUUUCUUUUUCAAAUCAAUAUUCUAUAACCCCCGCGCCAUUGUGUUGUAUUAGAAGUGGUUAUUUUGAUGAUGAGAAUAAACGGGUUCAGAAUGUGUGAUUUUUUAAGAUGCAGUAUCUGAAAAUAGAAUACAAAAACGAACUUGAAAUCA